AUGAACACAACAGUGAAUCCAUGUGAUGACUUUUUCCAAUAUGCUUGUGGAGGAUGGAUUCAUAAAAAUCCGAUACCUGAUGGUGAACUUGAAUACGGACCGUUUAUAAUAGCUGGUAAUGAAGUGAUAAUUAAAUUGAAAGAAUUACUGGAAUCAAAUAAAACGAUAACACCGAAAUGUCUUGACAUGCCUCGUAUUCUUUACAAAAAAUGUAUGAGUGCUGAUGAACGUGAAGAAAUAGAAACUGAGCAAUUAAUCGACAUGUACCGUAAAAUUGGUAGUUGGCCAUUGCUUGAAGAAGAUUGGGAUAGUUGCACGUUUGACAUUACAUAUAUGUUAACAUUAAUAGCUCACACUCUUUCUAAUUCAGUCUUAUUCAAAUUUGAUAUUACUGCUGAUAUCAAAAAUAACACAAUUAAUAGUUUAUAUAUAGAACAAACUAAUUUCGGUAUUGGAAGUCGCGUUUAUCGUCGUUUAAAUCGAACAAACUUCGCGGAGUAUCUAAAUGCAUAUAAAGAAUACCGAUUGAACGCCUUGAAAUUGGUAUUAAGCGGAGCAAACAUUAGCUAUAAUGUAUCACAGCUCGAAACUGCUAUUAACGAUGUGAUAGCAUUUGAAAUGGAAAUUACCAAGUUCAUGGAACCGGAAAAAAAUAUGCAACAUAGCAGCUCACUUUUCUACAAUAAAAGAAUUAUUGCCGAUCUAUACACAUUGUGUCCACAGAUUGAUUGGCUCAAACUUAUAUUCUGUUUAGUGCCACCUUCAGUACGUGAUAUUAUUGAUAAUAACACGGUUAUUAUAAUUCGAAAUAUCGGGUAUUUUAGAAAUUUAUCAAAUCUAUUGGGCAAAACCAGCAAUCGUAUCGUUGCUAAUUGUAUUUUUUUGCAAACAAUAGAUGUUUGGAGUGCGCUAUUAGGAAAAGCAUUUGAGAAUAACUUAGAGAAGUUAACAGAUGUAUUGAACGACAUAAAAAUCAUAAUACCACGUUGGAAAGGAUGUGUUGAAGUAACGGAAACAUUAUUAAAGCAUGCUACCAGUGCAUUGUAUGUUCGGAAGCAUUUUGAUCCAGAUAUACGAAAGGAUGUUAUGGAUAUCCUGGAAGGAAUUCGGGAAGCACUUCAAGAUAAUAUUGCAGAAAUAGACUGGAUGGAUAACGAUACCAAAAAUGCUGCUUUGCAGAAGGCUGCUGCAAUGAUCAGUAAAGUUGGUUACGAUGAUAUGUUUCUGAAUGAUACGGCAUUAACUGAAUAUUACGAAAAGUUAAACAUAACGCAAGAAGAUAGCUAUUUUAAAGCUGUAUUGAAAAUAGCAACAUGGGAAGUAGAAAAAGAUUUUUUAAAUCUGAAAAAACCGUUCGACAGAUACGAAUUUUUCCAAACCGCUUCUACAGUUAACGCAUAUCAUGAGUUUUUAACGAAUGCAGUUUCAGUACCGGCUGCUUUCCUCACACCGCCAUUUUUCAAUCGUAACUAUCCAAAAACGGCAAACUAUGGUUCGUUGGGUGCGGUGAUAGGCCACGAAUUAACUCAUGGCUUUGAUAAUUCUGGCAGUCUUUAUGAUAUGAAUGGUAAUUUGAAAAAUUGGUGGAGCGAAGAAUCAUACGAGAAUUUUAAAAAUAAAACACAAUGUUUCGUUGAGCAGUACGAAUCCUUCAAAGUGCCAAACAUGGAGUUUAAG